AUGCAAGCUAUUGAAUGUCACGGGCGUGAAAAUUUAAAAUAUACUACAAAUAAAGAAUUACCAAGACUUAUCCAUCCUCAUGAUGUUAAAAUUAAAAUUCUAUAUUGCGGAAUUUGUGGAUCUGAUUUACAUGAAUACUUAGAUGGUCCCAUAUUCUUUGCUGAUGAGACUAAUCCAAUUACUUUAAAAACUAAGUAUGGUCAAGCUAUGGGUCAUGAAAUUUCUGGUGAGAUUGUUGAGUUAGGUUCCGAUGUGGAUCGUAAUUUAUCUAUUGGUCAACAUGUCGUCAUUGAAGCUUGUGGGACUUGUUUAGAUAAACCAUAUUUACAUUCUACAAAUAAAGAAAUUUGUCAUAGUUGCUCAAUUGGUAAAUAUAACUGUUGUGAAUUUAUAAAUUUUUAUGGUUUAGGUUUUAGUGAUGGUGGAUUUGCUGAUUAUUGUGUAAUUAGUGAUCAACAUGUAAUUCCAUAUGAUCCAAAAGUUGUUAGUGAUGAUGUUGCCGCUUUAAUUGAACCAUUAAGUGUAAGUUGGCAUGGUGUGAGACAAUCAAAAAUUGAACCAAAUUUAAACACUGAAAGUUUAAUAAUAGGUGGUGGUCCAAUAGGUUUAUGUACUAUAUUUGCAUUAAGAGGUCAUAAAGUAACCAAUAUAGUAUUGAGUGAACCAGCAGAAGCAAGAAGAAAAUUGGCAGCAAAAUUGGGAGUAAGAAUAUUUGAUCCAAAACAUCCAAUUGAAGAAUUAAGAGCAAUGACCAACAACAGUUCUGGUUUUGAUUACAUUUAUGAUUGUUCAGGUAAUAAGGAAACCUUUCAUGCUAUGAUUGAGCUAUUAAAAGCAGGAGGUGUAGGUACAAAUAUUGCAAUUUGGCCCAAAAUUCCAGUCGAUUUAUAUCCUAUGAGUCUAACAUUGAAUGAAAUUUAUAUAACAGGAAGUAUGUGUUAUGUAAGAAAAGAUUUUGAAUUGGUAAUUGAAGCAUUUAAUCAAGGUUUGAUUAAUCCAAAAGAAGUUCAGCUAUUAAUUACUGGUAAGGUUCCAUUGAAGAAUGGAAUUGAAAAGGGUAUAUUAGAGUUGAUUCAUAAUAAGGCCAAUAAUAUCAAGAUUUUACUUCAUCCAUGA